CUGGCCACCCGCCGCGGUGGGCAUCGUCCUUCUCCCAGCCGGCCCGACGGAGAGCGACCCCAGCGAGGGACGGGUCUUCCUCAGCGAGAGCUGCGUGAAGAUCACAGAAGGCUCAGAGUUUCUCAGGCUGCAGGUGGAAGGAGGUGGCUGCUCUGGCUUCCAAUACAAGUUUUCCUUGGACACAGUUAUCAAUCCUGAUGACAGGGUGUUUGAACAAGGUGGUGCCCGUGUGGUCGUGGAUGUGGACAGCCUGGCCUUCGUGAAAGGUUCCAUGGUGGACUUCAGCCAGGAGCUGAUUCGCAGCUCCUUCCAGGUGGUGAGCAACCCCCAGGCAGAGAAAGGUUGCUCGUGUGGGACUUCCUUCUCUGUCAAACUCUGA